ACCCGAGGCGUCGCCGCGCGAGAGCCCUUGAGGCGAGUCGGGUCUUCUGGCCUCGGGGUUGCCCGGGGCGGAGGGAUCAAUCACCCCAGCCUUCCCCAGGCCGGACGGGAUGGACUCAGUAUUAACUGAUCUCGAAAGCAGUCCCAAGUCAAGGUCUCCUUCAGUGGGGAGGACACCCCGGCCGCUCCGCCUAGGCCCUGCGCGCCGCGAGUAGCCGGGCUCUGAGCCUUUGGGGAGAGGCAGCCCAGCGGCAUGGACAGAAAUGAAGGACGCCAGGCAGGGCCAGCGUUUGUUCGCGCCAUUUAGCGCCUUGUAGGUUAAAUCCUCAAAGCACUCCUGUGACCAAAGCCACAUAAUAAUGUCAGUAGCUCGUUCAUCCGUCCAUGCCAAGUGGAUUGUGGGGAAGGUGAUUGGGACAGCAAUGCAAAAAACUGCUAAAGUGCGGGUAACCAGGCUUGUUCUGGAUCCCUAUUUAUUGAAGUAUUUUAAUAAGCGAAAAACCUACUUUGCCCACGAUGCUCUUCAGCAGUGCACAGUUGGCGAUAUCGUGCUUCUCAAAGCUUUACCCGUCCCACGAACGAAGCAUGUGAAACAUGAACUGGCUGAGAUAAUUUUCAAAGUUGGACGAGUCAUAGAUCCAGUGACUGGAAAACCCUGUGCAGGAACUACGUACCUGGAGAGUCCAGUCAGUUUAGAAACCACCCACCUAACCAAAAAUCUGGAAGAACUCAAUAUCUCUUCAACACAGUGAAGGAGGAUUGGAAGAGGGAGCCAAAGGGAAAGAUUUAUGUUUGCUAUAUGGAAAAAGAAAUUUUUCUAAGUUUCUUCACAAAC